CGCAGACUCGAGUCUUCAUAAGCAUGCCGGCCUUCUAGCUACGAGAUAUACUCCAGCGCUACUAAAUAGCAUACUCAGUAUAGUCGCCAAAAAUGUGCCAGCAAACAUACUCCCACUUCACUUCGCCUUGUGCAGCCACCGGACUUACCACUCUCCAUUUGUCAGCUGAGGACUCAGCCCAAUAACAAAUGCCGCCAAAAACUCCGAACCGAACUGCUUUUUUACGAACACUGCCAGCCUUGCGUCGUGCAGAUGAGGAAGGCAUGCGAGGCAACGCAGCACCAGGAACCGCUCACUGAUCUUUUCCGCGCCCAGCCCGCUCCAGAAGAUAUACCUCCACCCAUUGCAGUGGAGUGCGACGCACCCGAAGAACCCCCCCGUGUCGAGGUACCAGAGCUAUCGCCGACGCCCAGCACAGCAGAGCCCGAUGCUCGCCGCGCUGGGAUACCUCGCGCGCUCGUCGCUAAAACCGUGGCCCCGCACCCGCACGAUCGACUAUCCCUGCUGCACGGGAAUGCUCCAGUCCAUCCUGGACAGACACCUUUGAAGAUUCCCGGAUCACAGUCUGUUCCCUAGGCCUCUGGUACCCACAAAUCUCCACGACCAAGCGCAGAACAGCAUCGCCAUUUGGGGGUGGGGGAGAAUUUAGAGGGCCGUAGUAGAGCUUUGAACAGUGUGGGAGUUGGGUGGGUAGGUGGUCGUGUCUUGUAUCAUCGGUUCCAUGGAGGAGGGAGAUUUGAGGGUUGGGAAGCGUGCAGGCGUGCUGGGUGCUGGGCGAUGGGUUUUUAGAAAAGGUCGGCGAGUGGUGUCGAUAUUAAGUACCGAUUAGGAUGGAC